UUAUUACACAGAAAGCUAAAAAGUCUUGCGUCGCUCUAUAACAAAAUCAAGAUCCUCUCUCUUUCUCUCUCUGUCUAAAUUGUGACGUUCACGAGCAAGCACAAAUUUGUUUAAUGUUCAUAUUCAAUUCAAUCGAGCCAAAACCCUAAUAAAAUUGGAGAGACAGACAGAGAGUUGAUGAAUCUUGAAGCAGCAAACUGAGAGAAAUAGACGAGUUUUGGUAUUUAGUGGAUGGUCUCAUGGGUGCGGCGGGUUCGAGGCUCGAGAAAGCUCUCGGAGACCAGUUUCCAGAAGGCGAACGAUACUUCGGCCUCGAGAAUUUCGGAAACACUUGCUACUGCAACAGCGUUUUGCAGGCACUUUAUUUCUGUGUCCCAUUUCGUGAACAGUUACUUGAGUAUUAUUCGAUGAACAAAUACCCAAGGGAAGCAGAAGAGAAUCUCCUAACAUGUUUGGCAGAAUUAUUUUCGCAGAUAAGUUUGCAGAAGAAGAAAACAGGUGUAAUUGCUCCAAAACGCUUCGUACAGACAUUGAAGAAACGAAAUGAACUUUUCCGUGGGUACAUGCAUCAGGAUGCCCAUGAAUUUUUGAACUUUCUGUUAAAUGAUCUUGUUGACACAUUGGAGAAAGAGUCACACCCAGCAAAAAGUUCACCAGAGACUUCAUCUCCUGUAAGGCUUGCAAAUGGGCAAAACAAUGGUCAGGCAAACGGUGUAAAGCACGAGCCGUUAGUGACCUGGGUUCAUAAAAAUUUUCAGGGUAUACUUACCAACGAGACGAGGUGCCUAAGAUGUGAGACGGUGACAGCAAGGGAUGAGACAUUCUUAGAUUUGAGCCUGGAUAUCGAGCAGAACAGUUCAAUCACAAGCUGCCUAAAAAAUUUCAGUUCCAUGGAAACUUUGAAUGCUGAGGAUAAAUUCUUUUGUGACAAGUGUUGUAGUUUGCAAGAAGCCCAGAAGAGGAUGAAGAUAAAGAAAACACCGCACAUUUUGGUUAUUCAUCUAAAACGUUUUAAGUACAUGGACCAGCUAAAACGGCACAAGAAAUUGUGCUAUCGCGUUGUGUUCCCACUGGAGCUGAAGCUUUGCGGCAUUGUGGAAGAUGCUGACUCUGAGUACUCCUUAUUUGCUGUUGUCGUUCAUGUUGGGAGCGGGCCCAGCCAUGGGCAUUAUGUUAGCCUCGUGAAAAGCCACAACCACUGGUUGUAUUUUGAUGAUGAGAAUGUGGAAAUUAUUGAUGAGUCUGCUGUUCAAAGUUUCUUUGGAUCUGCUCAGGAGUACUCAAGCAACACAGAUCAUGGCUACAUUCUUUUCUAUGAGAGACUUUCUGCCAACACCUACAUCUGAUAGAAGGUACUAAAUUUAUGAUGAUAUAUCUAUUUCCUCAAGCAGUGGAGGGUGUUUUUUCUACCCUUUACAUGUACAGUGGUUGGUGAAAAUAGACUCUCCUGUUUAACAAUAAAACGAGUGUAAAUCUCAACUAAAAGUUUCAUGGAAACUGUUUCUGAACUUUAAUAACAAUAGGUAGUUAUCAUAGAAAUGCAAUAUGAUUGCACUGAACUUUGCUGCUCAGUUAUAUAUUAUUUGCUGAAAAAAUCUGUGGCUCUGUAUGUGUGAUGGAAUUGAAUGAAGAGCAGGGAAUAUAUGUGCUGAUAACAAAGAAGAAAAAACAGAGCAGUGAACAGUCUUGUU